CGGCGGAGGGCGGGGACACCGGAGCGCUCAUGGCUUUGGGGAUCCGCCCGCGCUGGCCCGGGCAGCUAAGGCGCCUGCAGGGCCCGCGGUGGAGGCGGAUCGGGACCUGCGUCCCCGCCAUGGCUCCGCCGCGCCGCUUCGCGUUGGAGCUUCCAGACUGCAGCCUGGCUCACUUCGCCCUGGGAGACGCGGAGGCUGCGGGCGCGCACCCAGACCAGCGUCUAUCCGCACUACUGGGGUCUCCCGGGCGUAGCUUCGCGCUGUGCGCGCCCGCGGUCACGGGGGGCGAUUGCGGAGCGCGCGUACGGGCGGCGCGCGUGCACCAGCAUCUGCAGCUCCAGCUGCGCAACCUGCAGCCCUUCCACCAGUGCCAGCUGCGCAGGCUGCUUGGCUACAGCCCGGGAGAACCGGCCGCUGGCGCCCAGCACGGCUUCCUGCUGCGCGACCCCCGUGCGGGCCCGGACACACGGCGCGCGCUGCUCGAGGUCCUCCUAGCCUGCCCCGAGCUCGCACGCCCGCACCUGGGAGAGUUCGAGACAGACUCGAGCGGCGCGCUGUGGCUGCGGCUCUGGGAGUUGCGAGGGGGCGCGCAAAGGCAGGUGAGCUGCGCACGCGUGGUUCCACUUCCGGAGCCCCCUCUACACCCGGUGGUGCCAGACCUGCCCAAUUCCGCGGUCUUCCCGGGCCAGUACGCCGCCCGUGCUGUUUUGGAGGAGUGUACUCCCUUUAUUCCGGAAGCCCAAGCAGUACUCAACCUGGUUGAUCAGUGUCCAAAGCAGGUGCAGAAAGGAGAGUUUCCUGUCAUCGUCAUUGAAGGACUGGAUGCCACUGGUAAAACCACAGUGACGCGGUCCAUCUCUGAGGCGCUUGGCGCUGUGCUCCUACAGUCGCCCCCUCCUUCCCUUGGCCACUGGAGGAAAAUCUUCGACGAUGAGCCAAAUAUCAUCAGGAGAGCUUUUUAUUCUCUGGGCAAUUACAUUGUGGCUUCUGAAAUAGCUGAAUUGUCCGCCAGGUCGCCUGUGAUUGUGGACAGGUACUGGCACAGUACGGCGACUUAUGCCAUUGCCACUGAGGUGAGUGGGGGUCCACAGCACCUGCCCCCAGCCCACCACCCUGUGUAUCAGUGGCCCCAGGACCUGCUCAGGCCUGACCUGGUGGUGCUGCUCACCGUGAGUCCCGAGGAGAGGGCGCAGCGGCUGCAGGGCAGGGGCCUGGAGAAGACUAGAGAAGAGGCGGAGCUGGAGGCCAACAGCAUCUUUCGUCAGAAGGUAGAAAUGUCAUACCGCAGGAUGGAGAACCCAGCAUGCCAUGUGGUGGACGCCAGCCCCUCGAGAGAAGAGGUCUUGCAGACAGUUGUACGCUUGAUUCAAAGCACUUGUCAUUAACUUUGCCUGCUCUGGCCAGAUGCUGCAGCAUCCUAGAGUGCAUGUCCUGCAUCUUUGCUAUGCAGCAUCCCUAACUAUUGUAGAGGCACAUCAUGUGGCAGAGACCCGAAGACCUCAGGGUGUUGUUCACCUUCCUUCUUCAGCUGCUGUUCACCCUGCUGGCGGAAAGGCUUGGCACACUUGCGAACAAUUCGGUGCCAGCGGCUGCUUCAUCUUCUUGGAGUGUGGUGUGAUGCCCAUUAUUGCCAACUCUGGGAGCUUUGUUUCAGCCAGACAGCACCAGGGUGCAGAAGCUGCAAGCAAGGUCCUCACCCUCAGCACAAGUCCUGCAGCCUCUGCCCGACCUAACUCCUCAUUGCUGAGGGAGUCUCAUGCGGCCAGAGCUAACUUCUUCCUAGUCUGGGCCUCAUCACUGUGCAGGGCUUGCUAUGUGUCCUUAAGCACCAAAUCUUGGAGCCAGGUAUUUUCCCAGAGUCCACCUCGCCAAGACAUCCAUUGGGAGGCAGGAGACAUUUACAAAGAAAGCAUCAAUUUUAUGUCAGAAGCUCACAGCCCCUUCCAGUUGUCCCCUAGUCUAGCACUUCAGACUCCAAGCCAUUGAACCCAAGCUGCUGUGACUGCAAAUACACCAACCUUCUGUCAUUAUAUUUUGCUUAUUUAUAUUCCCUUGCUUUUCUCUGAAAUAUGGCUUUGAAUGUAAUGAGCAGUUUGAGCUGAACGGGAUUCAUUUCACUUAGCCAAUCCAGCAAUUUAUUUGUAUUGAUGUUUACAUCAUACAUUUCCUCAGGGUAGGAGCUAUGAGUCACUAAUUAAAAUGGGAGCCAAGAAGCUAAAUGCAAUGUUUGUUGCGUAUUUUCAUGACACAAAUUUAAUUUAUCUCACUCAAUAAGCACAGUGGUUCCUGGAAUGGGAUUUCUUAGUAAAUUAUCUUGCUUGUGAAUGUCUUAAUGAUUAUGCAGGAAGGCAGCUUUGAGGUCUGGUUGGCCAGAAAAAGAAGGAGCUGAGGAGACGGGAAACCUUAGUAGCUGUCUGGCCUUAACUGCUUCAUGUUACAUUUCUACUUCAUGUUGCUUAACCUAAAAAAAGGUUGAUAAGGUCUGGCCAAAUAGCUCAGCAGAUUAAAGCACCUGCAAGCAGGCUCAGGGGCCAGAGUUACA